CAUUUGCAGCUCGAGUCCAUUGCUUCUGGUUCCUCCUUAGUUGUCAACAUGUCACUGAUUGAAGCUUGGAAGAGCUUGUCGCGUCCACGCCCUAAUUUUGCGUCCGCUGACCCAUCCAUAAUGUGAUGCACGUAUAGCUCAAAUCUCGCUCCGCUCCGUCAAUCCCUGAUCAGCCGGUAGACCCUCCUCGGCUGACCACAAGUAAUACACUUCGUCGAUAAGUUCAGCGAUGGCCUUCUCGUGUCGUGAAAGUGAGCCGCAUCUCGCCACACACCAAAGAGUACUUGCGGCACGGAUUCAUCCGCGUUACAAAGCGGCUCUUGAGAUUCAAUAUCGAGCGCUGCCAACAGUCGCUGGAUCGAUCCAUCGAAUGGGACCACCGGCGUGCACGUCCUAUGAGAUGUCUCCUUGCCAACAACACGCCGCAUUUCUUCUGGCGGCAAUGUUCCUACUGGCGUGUAGCCGUCGCAGUCUGUUCACCGAGAUAAGUUCCUCCAAAUCGCAUUCGCCUUCCAUACGUAAGAGUGAGUGGGAUGCGCGCCGUAGGGCCUUGAAGUGUUCAAUCUUUUCGCUACCCUUCGUGGCGUUCUACCUCCCUUUUGCAUGUCGCAAGAGUAAUCUCCAUCGUGACCGUAUGAGAAAAUGUUUGCUGACGCAAGGGUAGAUCGCACAUUUUCGGUCGGCAAGUGGAGCCUGCGUCUUCCCAUCACGAGAU